ACACGUGAAUUUCAGUAGCAACAAAUUAUGGAUCAAAUAGAUGAAAAGAAGAAUAAAAAAAAUGAUUUGACCAAAAUAAAAUCGAUAACUGGAACAAAUGAUUUCAGUACAUUGUCAAAAUAUUCAAUGAUAAAUAAAGGAUAUUGUUGUGAUCCAUAUUUAAAAUAUUUUAUUGAUGGUGAUUCGACGACGAUAAUCAAAACACGUGCACCAAUCAUUCAUCAUGGAUAUUAUGUUCGUUUUAAAGCCAUUGAAUAUGGAUGGCAAAAAGUAUUCGAAUAUUCAAUGAAUGAACAACAAAUCAAUAUAAUUUUAUCAUUAGGCGCUGGUUUUGAUACAUCAUCAUUUCGAUAUCGGAGUGAUCGAAAUAUUUUCAUUGAAAUUGAUCAUCCAGAUGUUUGCCAGCGAAAAGCCAAUAUUAUUCGCAUGAAUCAAUUGAUUGAUGAUAAGAAAAUAAAUUUCGAGGAAAAUUGUCCGGAAUUAUUUUUGCAAUCAUCAAGAUAUUUAUUAUUCGGUGUAGAUUUACGUCAACAUUCGCAGGUGAUUAAUUUGUUGUCCACAAAUCUAUUGGAUGAUAUGAUCAACGAUGCUGCAACUGAUUCAAAUGAAAUGAAAAGACUAAAUUUUAUCUUAUUCAAUGAAUGUUCACUGUGUUAUAUUGAACAAACGGUUGCCGAUAAAUUAAUGGCUAAAAUUAUCGGAUUCAUUGAAACAAAAUAUUCAUCAUCUCGGUAUUCUAUUCAAAUUCAAUAUCUUGGAUAUGAAAUGUACAACGCAAACGUUGAUUCCAAUGAUUUCAAUCGAUUCAUGUUCAAACAUUUUCAACAGAUGAAUGCACCGAUUCUUACAUUUAUCAAUGAGAAUCAAAUACGUAAACGUUUUGAAAAUUUAAAUUUUAAUCAAAUUAAUCUGAUAAAUAUGCGUCAUUUUUAUCGAGAAUUAUUAACACAAGAAGAUCGUAAUCGAAUCAAUCAUCGUAUUGAACCAUUCGAUGAAUGGGAAGAAUUGGAAAAUGUUUGUCAAGUUUAUUGUUUGACUAUUUGUAAAAAAUUCAAAUCCAAUCAAUUAUCCAAUCAAACAAUAACGAUAUACGACCACCGACCAGUUAAAUCUUUGCUAGCGAAAUCAUUUCAUCCAUCGUUACAAGUAUUUGGUCAUUGUAGUAAUUAUGAUGCCCAUAAUAAUCAGAUAAAUGUAUUUGGUGGAUUCGGUAUCGAACCACCACCACCACGACAAUCGUCUGUCAAAAUGAAUAAUCGUGUUGCACAUUCAAGAUUUAAAAAUAUUCUACAAUUAUCGUUGGAUGAUUCACAUGAACAAAUCACCAAUGUUCAAAUAAUUCAUUCGAAAAAUAAUGAAUCCAUCAUUAAUCGAUUACAUUCUCGUGUUGUACCAUUCAAUGAUGGUAAACAUUUUUUCCUUUCAGGUGGACGUAAAUCACCAAAUCAACCAUUGUUAUCAUCUAUCAUAGCGAUAGAUUAUGAUAUAAAUCAAUUUGAAAUUAUUGAAUCAUUCGAUAUCGUUCAUAAAUAUCGUCAUGUUUGCAGUCGAUUUGGUUAUCGUGAUCAAUUAUGUCAAUUUGGUGGUCUACCACUGAUUCAAUCAAACAACAAUGUUGAUGAAUCAAAUUCAAUAUGGAUGUUUGAUAUGGCAACAUCACGAUGGUUUCAAUCAAAAAUCAAUGGUUUACUUACUGAUCGUCAUUCAUUGGCAUUCACAACCUUCGGUAAUCAUUCCAUCGUAUUGAAUGGUGGUCUUGAUUGUCAUCAUAAUCAAUUUUUAUCGGAAAAUCAUAUUGAACUUAUGGAUAGUCGAAUGGAAAAUGUUGAAAAAUUUUUAAUUGCAGAUUUAAGUGAAAAAUUGUAUUCACAUCAUAUGAAAAUCAUUGAUGAUCAUAGAAUAUUGAUAAUUGGUGGUAUCGCUGAUUAUGGAAUUUCCAAUCGAAUUUAUCAAAUUGAUUUUAGAUUGAUGAAAAUUUUAACAACAAAUUAUAUUGGAACCAAUGAUGAUGAUCAGAUAUUAAUGAUGCACAAUUUUAGUUGUGAAUUAAUCAAUAAAAAUUAUCUCUGGACAAUUGGUGGUGGUGGGAAUUGUUUUUCAUUUGGUACACAUUUUAAUCCAAUUUUAUCGUUUCAAAUCGAUUGA